GCGAUAAAUCAGAGAGGCGUGGACAUGAAAACUGGGAUCAGGAUGAGAGUUAUGCCGGUGCAUUGGCACUUACGUAACACAACAAAAUAAUCAGACCUCUUCCUUUGACUUUUUGUUAUUUUUUACUGAGAUUUCAGGAAGUUGCGAAGUUUCUGCAGAGAGCAUUACGCAACCAGCAGACUUCUGGAGACUCAAGUAUAAUACUACACAGCAAGAUGGAGAUGCCACCUCGACCAACAAUGUUUGACUUCCAUGGAGUCUCCAUGAUCAAGAUCUUCACUGACAACUGGGACAACAUACAGAACUUCAAAGCAAGACCAGAUGAUAUUGUCAUUGCUACGUACCCUAAAGCAGGAACCACAUGGGUCUCUUACAUCCUAGAUCUUCUGUACUUUGGACACUUGGGUCCAGAACGUCAGACAUCCAUUCCUGUUCAUGAGCGAGUGCCCUUCCUGGAGUUCUGUGUACCUUCUCUACAUUCAGGUACAGACUUGGCUGACAAACUUCCGACCACUCCUCGUCUCAUUAAAACUCAUCUACCAGUCCAGCUUCUACCAAAGUCCUUCUGGGAGCAGGGCUGCAGGAUAGUCUAUGUGGCCCGCAAUGCAAAGGACAAUGCUGUGUCCUAUUUCCACUUUGACCGCAUGAACCAUGCUCAGCCUGAAGCAGGAGACUGGAGCACCUUCCUGCAGGAGUUCAUGGAGGGAAAGAGGGUUCUUGGAUCGUGGUAUGACCAUGUUAAUGGCUGGUGGGAGAAGAAGCAGACUUAUUCAAAUCUUCACUACAUGUUCUAUGAAGAUUUGAUUGAGGACUGUGGACGAGAAAUAGACAGACUGUGUUCCUUCCUUGGUUUGUCUCCUUCAGUUGAAGAGAAGGAAAACGUGAGAACCAGUGUGAUGUUUGACAAUAUGAAACAAAACAAAAUGACCAACUACUCCACCAUUCCAAUAAUGGACCAUACUGUUUCUCCUUUCAUGAGAAAAGGAAAAGUUGGUGACUGGAAGAACCACUUCACUGUGGCCCAGAAUGAACAGUUUGAUGAAGACUACAAGCAGAAAAUGAAGAAUCCUGAUCUCAAGUUUCGUUAUGAAAUUUAGAGCCCCGGCUGGGUGUGACAGACCUCUGCACUGAUUUAUGAUUAAAUUGUUCAAAACAAAUCAAGUUUAAUGUAAAAUUUGGCAGCAGAAUUGUUGUAUAUUUAAUGGGGGGCAUUAAUCCAUAAUUUGAUGGUGUAAUAUGUUAAUUAAAAACAGUAGAACAGAACUAUAAAUUUUUGGGCAGCAUGACAUCACUGUUAAUGUCAACAGAACCUUGGAUGAGAAAUAGAUCGACUGUGCUCCAUCCUUGGUAUGAGACGAGUCAGAGCCAGUAUACAAAAUAAAACAAACUGAUCCAGGCCCAACAAACAGCCAGCUAUUUUUCCAGUUUCCAGAGUGAACAGAGUGUUCUAAUUUGUAUCCAUAGUCCAGUUAUCAGUAACCACUAUUUUUGUAAACAGUUUUUUAUAUAGUAAAAUUGUAAACAUUUACCUAGUGAUGGGCGGAUGAAGCCUUGGAAGCUUUCCAUUCAAUUGUUUUAAAAAAAAAAAAAAAAAAGGUUCAUUUCUGGAGGCUUCAUGUGCAUACAGACACCCCCUGCUGG